CUCUCUUUUUCUCUCCUUCUCAUGCCUGAAACAUGAAACCUGGACCAUUUGAGUCCAGCUUGUCCCACGGGCUCCCAGUGCCAACAACGCUCUGCUUCUUCUUAACCUAAUUUUUUAUUAUUUUACACCGCUGCUCAAACAAGUAUUUAAAUUUUUGAUUGAUUUUACAAAGACUCUAACUGCAGUUUUUCUUUUGUCUUUCCUGAAUCCCUCUCAUUUUAAAGCCGACUCUGGGAUGUGAGCACACUUGUGUCGGUGUGUUAUUCAUCCAAGCUACUAAGGGACUACUUUUUUUAAGAAGAAGAAAUGGUGCCACGAUUGUUGUGGAACAUGUCUCUUGUUCUGGUGUUGUUUGGAUUAUUUUUGCUCACUUCUUCAUCUGCCAGAGGCGAACCAGAGCUCAGGGAUGAAGAGGAGGAGGAAAGUUCUUGCCAAGGCGCUUUUGACCUCUAUUUUGUGCUUGAUAAGUCCGGCAGUGUGAAGAAUCACUGGGAUGAAAUCUACUACUUUGUGGAAAAUUUAGCAGAGAAGUUCAAAAGUCCCAUGCUUCGGAUGUCAUUCAUUACUUUCUCAUCCAGAGCAUCUACCAUCCUCAAGCUUACUGAGAACAGGGUGGACAUCAAAAAGGGGCUGAAUGCGCUUAAAAGAGAGAUUCCAGGUGGCGACACGUUCAUGCAUCUUGGACUACAUAUGGCAAAUGAGCAGAUUUACCAGGAGAACUUUGGCAAGGCCAGCGUGAUUAUAGCACUUACAGACGGAGAGCUGCAGGAAGAUCAACUUAUCACUGCGCAGCAACAGGCCGAGCGAGCCAGGUCUCUCGGAGCUAUCGUGUACUGUGUUGGCGUCAAAGACUUCAAUGAGACACAGCUGGCGACUAUUGCAGACACCAUUGAACAUGUGUUUCCUGUUAUGGGCGGCUUCCACGCCCUUAGGGGUGUUAUUGAUUCGAUCAUCAAGAAAUCUUGCAUUGAGAUUUUGGCAGCGGAGCCCUCCAGUGUGUGUGCAGGAGAAUCUUUCCAAGUGGUGGUGAGGGGCAACGGGUUUCUCCACGCCAGGAACAUCGACCAAGUGCUCUGCAGCUUUAAAAUCAACGACACCAUUACAAUCAAUGAGAAGCCUGCCGGUGUAGAGAAUACGUUCUUGUUGUGUCCAGCUCCUGUCAUUGAUGAAGUCGGGAAGGUGAUUUAUCUUCAAGUGAGCAUGAACGACGGUCUGUCUUUCAUCAGCAGCAAUGUGCACAUCACCACCACAGAGUGUUUUGAUGGCACUAUUCUCCUCAUCACCCUGCUGGUGUUGUUUCUCCUGUUAGCCUUGCUUCUCAUGUGGUGGUUCUGGCCUCUCUGCUGCACAGUGGUGAUCAAAGAACCUCCUCCUCCUCCUCCUCCUGAGCCUGAAUCAGAUGAUGAAGAUGGUCUACCAAAGAAGAAGUGGCCCACUGUAGAUGCUUCAUAUUAUGGAGGAAGAGGAAUCGGAGGCAUUAAAAGAAUGGAGGUGCGAUGGGGCGGUAAGGGCUCCACUGAAGAAGGGGCAAAGUUGGAGAAACCGAAGAAUGCUGUGGUGAAAAUGCCAGAACAGGAAUACGAACCCUUCGAGCCAAAACCAAAGAAAUCUCCCAAAAAGGCGCCUCAGAACCGGAAGUGGUACACACCCAUCCGGGGUAAACUGGAUGCUAUCUGGGCACUGUUUCGCCGGGGUUAUGACCAAGUGUCUUUGAUGAGACCCCAGCCUGGUGAUCAUGGUCGAUGCAUCAACUUCACAAGAGUGAAAGAAGGCUCCCAUCCAGCCAAGUCAGCGCCUCGCUCCCCAAUCCACACGCCCUCACCACCUGUGCCUGACUACCACCGCGCCGAGUCCCCUGCAAUCUCCAGCCCCCCCGCCAAAGCCCCCCCUGUGGCCAAUCUCCCACCAGGACCGCCUCCGUCUCGUACACCCCCCGGGCUUCCCUGUCCACCACCGUCGCGUCCACCACCCAGCCUGCGACCAUGAAUGAGCCAGGUAAUAAGCCCGCCCCCGUUCGCUGACUGACCACUCUGUUGACCCUCAUUCUGACGUCAGUCCUCCAGACGCAGGUUCUUCUGCUAUUCCCUGAAGAUCAUCAUCACCUGAUCAAUUACGGCUUAUUUUGCUCUCUCUCGUACGUCUGUCUAGAGGAAAGAUUCUUAACAUAAUCAGUGAGGCCUUCAAUGACUUUGUAUGCUUGCAGUUUCUAUGCAACUAACACCAGGAGUGUUACACUUUCAACACUAUGCACUCAUUUGAGAGUCACAUGUUAAGUUUUGUUUUCGUUCUUUUCUGAGAACUUAAAGACCAUGUUUUCCAUUUUUUUUAAAUAAUGACAUGAUGCCCCAUCGACAGAAAUUAUCCAAAAACACACAAACCCUAUGAAACACAUACAAUGAGGAAAUGCUGAAAUCACAAAAAAACACUGCAAUGUAUUUUUUUCUUUUUUUUAAAUUGCACUCAAGCUCCCCAAAACAGCUGCAAAUGAGAAUUACUGAAAUUUCAAUGAACAACAUGGAGGUUAACUAGUUGUUUUCAGGUUUGUGUUUGUUGUGCAUGUUUCCCGUUUUUUUGUGGCGUUUCUUUAUUUUUGGAUCAGUUUUCCCUCCGUUGGCCACACUAGAAAUAAAAGUCAGAAUUAUGUUGGGGUUUUUUCGGACCAUAAGGCGCACCACAUUAUAAUUAUAAUUUCCGUCAGGUCUAUUUUCAUACAAAAGGCACAUUAAAAGGGUCAUAUUAUGAUUUUUGUCCCACUGUAUUUAAAACACUUCCUUGUGGUCUACAUAAAUGAUGAAUGGGUUAUACUUGUAUAGCGCUUUUCGACCUUCAAGGUAAUCAAAGCGCUUUGACACUAUUUCCACAUUCAUCCAUUCACGCACUGAUGGCGGGAGCUGCCCUAAAAACAACCCAUCAGGAGAAAGGGUGUAGUGCAGGGGUCGGGAACCUUUUUGGCUGAGAGAGCCAUACAAGCCAAAUAUUUUAAAAAGUAUUUCCGUGAGAGCCAUAUAAUAUAUUUUUUUAACACUGAAUACAACUAAAUGCGUGCAUUUUUAAGUAAGACCAACAUUUUUAGAGUAUAAUAAGUCUCUUAUUCUUUUUAAUAAAAUUGUUAUUCUGAAGCUAACCAACAAUAAAUAAAGUAAUUCUUACCGUUAAUGCGACUUCUUGAACAGAUGCGGUAGAACCGGAUGGAUGGAUUAAAAUACAUGAGAAUGUUUUAUGUUUUGAACGUUAUUUUUGACACUGAUUACCAGCGGAAUUAUUCAUUACUUACCAUGUUAAGCAAUGUCAGCUAAGAUUUAUCUGAGAGCCAGGUGCAGUCAUCAAAAGAGCCACAUCUGGCUCUAGAGCCAUUGGUUCCCUACCCCUGGUGUAGUGUCUUGCUCAAGGACACAACGGACGUGACGAGGUCGGUAGAAGGUGGGGAUUGAACCAGGAACCCCCAGGUUGCUGGCACGGCCACUCUCCCAACCGUGCCACGCCUCACCCGUAUAUCAUGCAACGGUGGCUCUUCGGUCAAAAUGCUGACUAGCAGACCAUCUUCAAGUCGCUUUCUGGACAUCUCUUCAGGAUUCACCGUUUUGUGGGCGGUCUUAUUUGCGUGGCUCCACUUUGACAACGUCUUCUGCCCGUCAUCUUUGUUGUAUCAGUAGUUUUGGGCGCUCUCAUAGCAAGUCUUUUGACAAAUACACUUUAGAACUGUACCCUAUUUUAAAUUACAAAUGGCAACAUCGAGGCUGAAUGCCCCACAACAAGAGAAUAGAGAAAAAGAAGGAGCUUAUUGACAACACGUGGAAUACAAUGGCGGACGCGCGCGAAUUUUCUGGACAUAUGCAGAUCCCAAAUACACAUCAGCCGGUACCAAUAGGUAAACUUUGUUGGUUUUGCAUUUUGUUGCGAGACAAAACACCAGAUAAUGUCUCCUAAUAGGUGCCAUUUUGGAUUCCUUAUAAACACACCAUAAUAUUACCCGUAUGUUGAAGCACAGUACGUCUGACUACAGUAGCCAUAAUGCUCCAACAAUCCAUCAAGGGGUGCAAUUUGGAGCUUACCACAGUCAUACUAAAACAUAUUGACAGAUUUUUGAGCGCCGUGUGUGGCUUUUUUACGGGUACUUCUUAGCGUGAUUUAUUUAACAGUGCACACAUACUUUUUGUGUGACUGCCAUCUACUGGUCACUCUAAUUACACCAUUUAUUACAUAAAAUUGCUUCGAAGGUCGGUAAGCACAACCAGAAUGAAUCCGUACAUUAGGCGCACCGGGUUAUAAGGUAAACUGUCCAUUCUCGAGAAAAUGAAAGGAUUUCAAGUGCGCCUUAUAGUCCAAAAAAUAUGCUAGUACGAUGACUUUUUAUUUUUUACACCUUUUUUGUGUAUGUCUAGUCUGAUACAAAGUGAACGAGGUGAUGCAGGGGAACCUAAACAGGAUGAUUGUUGCAGGACAGCAAAAGCCUCUACGGACCAAAGUCAACACACGCAAUACGAUUUUUGGAUUUGUUUGAUCAACUACUGAGUUAUGCCUUUGCCAUCGACAAUUCAAGUGAAAAGUAAUUAGAACCUGAGCAGUUUUUGCAGAAUUGAUUGGAUCGUUUGCUCACAAAUGUUGGUGCUAAUUUUGCUAACAUGCUAAAUCAGGACAUUUAUUCUUCAGGAAAAGUAUUAGUUUAAAGCAACAUGGUUUUGCAACAUGCAAUAAUAGGGAAGUGUACAGAAGUUGUUUUUUUUAGGAUGGUUUUGGUUUUGUUUUUGUUUUUACAUUCUUUUUUCCUGACGCAUUUUUUAAUGGUUAAUUAGAGGCUUUGGAUUUCGUAAUUUGAUUCAAAGCACAGCAGUAUGUCUUUGGUUACGUAUCUACGCACAUAAUAGACGGCCGGAUGUUUUUUGUUAGCAUGCAUGGAAUGGAAAAGUCAUGACUUCAAAGCUGCCAUAAAUCAGGUUCUCUCUCCUCAUGUUUUAUUUGUUUGUUUGUUUGUUUGUUUUUCUAAUAUUUUGACACAAUUUUGAUACUUUUUACGAUUAUAUGUUAUGUCUACAGUUUUAUCCUCAGCGGUCACAUUGCAACUGCAGGGCAGUUCACAGAGCAUCUAAUUUAUUACAGCCUUCCCGAGAGAAACAGAGGCGAGUACUUGAAUAUCGACAAGCACCGACAUGGACACUGUGCGCAGUCUAGAAACAGCUUGACACUCAAACAAGGCUUACCAGUUUUUUAACACCUCAGUGCAUUGUUUAUCUUUCUGCAUUUGAUGAUGUUUGAAUAAAAUAUGAACUUAUUGGACACGACAUUAGGUACACCUACAUGAGCAUUGCAAGAAGCAAAUAAAAUAUUAUUAUAUCCAAGUCUACAUUCUAAAAAGAGUGAGCCAUUUCACUGGAUAUGACUAUCGUAUUUACCAGAAUGUAUGCUGCUCUUUUUCCAGAGAAGAAGGGGCCGCUUUAUAUUUAAAGUCCGGAGAUAUUUAUGUGCAAACCAGCAUGUGGCGCCGAUUGACCUGCACCACACAAGACCUGUUCCGAAAAAAAAUUCCUAAAUUCAAUCUACCGGUUGUUUAUUCGCUGAUAUUGAAAACUGAUUACCUAUAUAUUUUCAAUGUCAAAUUUGUCUCCAAAAAUAUUUUUCUAAAAGAAAGUACCCCCUGCUUCCGCCCGAGUGCAGCUGGAAUAGGCUCCGGCAUCCAGAAAGGGACAAGCAGUAGAAAAUGGAUGGAUAGAUAGAUGGAUGGAUAUGAUAUUAUUGAAAACUGCUUGUUUUAUUGGGCGCAGGACAGGCCUGUGCAAAAAUCCAAAUUGAAUUGAGGUUGCAAACAGAAAGUAGAAUUGCAAGUAAAAUUCCAAUUGAAGGAAGUAUAAUUGAAAUUCUAGACAAUUUGUUUUAAUUAUAUGUAUUUAAAAAAAAAUGUUAUCAGUUGAACACAAUUCUAACUAAAUCCAAUACAUAUUUCAAAUUUAAAUUUUCAUGUACACAUAUUUUAUUUACAGAAAAUAGUUUUACUGACUGCAUCUUCUAUAAAACAUAUUACUUAGUUUUACUUAGUUGAAUGUAUUAUAGCUUUCAAAUGAUGAAAAAUGGUGGAUAAAUACUUCCAUUCUGAGAAUUUUUUGGUAAUUUUAGUUUUGAAAAGUAUUUUUUGUAGUUAAGCCAAAACUUUUCUUGAACGUGACAAAUACUACCAAUUACUUGGCUAUAUGGAAUUUCUUUGAAUUGCAAUUCAUUUAAUUCCACUUCCUGUAAUCCCAAUUGAACAUCCUGUGGGGCGAAGCCUAUUCAAUUCAAAUGGUUCAAAUUCGUUGAAUUGUAAAGCCAAAAUUAGAAUUUUACACACGCUUUGGAUGCUUCGUCAUUUGUAUGCCAUGAGGGUCUGUAAGAGUGCCUGAUGAAGUGUCCUGAAUGUAUAUUGAAGGUUUUUUUUUAAAAAAAGUUGGUAGAGUAUUCCUUUAAUACUCAUCGCCUUACAUUUUGUUCUUGUUUUGUUUUUGUCUUGCAUUCAGUUAUUCAACAUGUACCAAUGGUGUUCCAAUAUACAUUCCAAACAAUUACCAAUGUUGCCAUAAAAGACAGUAUUUGGAUGACAAUGCAUUUAUACGUCACUGUUUUUGUCCAUCAAGUAUGCAACUAUUUUUCAGCAACAAUUGUUCUGCUGCUGCCAGAAGGAAGGAAGGAGUUGUCCUCUUUUUCACGUCAUACAAUAUACUGCAUAUCUUUUUGAAUGCACUUGGUAGCACUAUUUUUCUCACAUUGUGUUGUGAAAGUGCCAUUAUUACAUACUCCCAAGACUCAUAUACUGUAUGGUCUUGGCCUCAAGAAAAUGAACAGCCAUUAUUGCAGUGGUUGAAAUGUAAGUACAUGAUAUUGUAUGCAUAAACAGCAGAUAUACAUGUUUGUUUGUUUUUUACUGGUCUGAUCUUUUGAACCGUAUCAAUAAAGGUUGACUUCCAAGCUUC